ACACUGCUGGGACAUCCACCGGGACACCGCCCCGACAGCACCGGGACCGCCCCGACAUCACCGGGACAGCGCCGGGCACCGCCGGGACACUACCGGGACAGCGCCGGGACAUCACCGGGAACCCACCGGGCAUCACCGGGAUAUUACCCGGCCACACCCGGGAGACCACCGGGGCGCCCCCGGGCACCCCGGGACACCCUCCAGUGCAGCCGCCAUGGCCCCGCGGGGCCGGGACCGCCCGUGGGCGCUGCCGCCGCUGCUGCCGCUGCUGCCGCUGCUCCUCCCGCCGUCCCCGCUCGCCGCGGCCGCCGCCCGGCCCAGCUUCGUCCUGGUACUGGCGGACGACCUGGGCUUCGGGGACCUGGGCAGCUACGGGCACCCUUCCUCGGCCACGCCGCAGCUGGACCGGCUGGCGGCCCGCGGGCUGCGCUUCACCGACUUCUACAGCAGCGCCGCCGUCUGCAGCCCCUCCCGGGCAGCGCUGCUGACGGGCCGGUUCCAGGUGCGCUCCGGGAUCUACCCCGGCGUGUUCGACCCGGGCUCACGGGGGGGGCUCCCGCUCUCCGAGGUCACCAUUGCCGAGGUGCUGAAGGCUCAGGGCUACGCCACGGCCAUGGUGGGCAAGUGGCACCUGGGCGUGGGGGCCAACGGCUCCUUCCUGCCCACCCACCAGGGGUUUGACCACUUCCUGGGGGUGCCCUACUCCCACGACCAGGGCCCCUGUCAGAACCUCACCUGCUUCCCACCCGACAUCAAGUGUUUUGGGACCUGUGACCAGGGUGUGGUGCCGCUCCCUCUGCUCUGGAACCAGACCAUCAUCCAGCAGCCCGUGUCCUUCCCUGACCUGGUGCCGCUCUACAACAAAUUCUCUCGGAAUUUCAUCGCUGACUGUGCCCGGCGGGGCCUCCCUUUCCUGCUCUACUACGCCUCCCAUCACACCCACUACCCCCAGUUUGCCAGCCAGGAGUUCGCGGGGCGGUCCCGGCGGGGGCCGUUCGGGGACGCGCUGGCGGAGUUCGAUGGCUCCGUGGGACAGCUGGUGCAGGCUCUGCAGGAGCACGGCCUGGAGAACAACACCCUGGUGUUCUUCACCUCUGACAACGGCCCCUCCACCAUGCGGAUGGCACGCGGAGGCAGCGCUGGCCACCUGAAGUGUGGCAAGGGCACAACCUACGAGGGUGGCAUGAGGGAACCAGCAGUGGCUUAUUGGCCGGGCCGGAUCGCCCCAGGAGUGACACACGAGCUGGCAAGCACCCUGGACAUCCUGCCAACACUGGCUGCCCUGGCUGGAGCAGCCCUUCCCAGAGUGGCCCUGGAUGGCUACGACAUGAGCCCGGUGCUGUUUGGGACAGGGAAGAGCCCCCGACAGACCAUGUUCUUCUACCCUCCGGCCCCCGACCCCCUGCACGGCCCCUUCGCCGUCCGCUUCGGGAAGUACAAGGCCCACUACUUCACCCAAGGUUCCUUUCACAGCGACACGACCCCAGACCAGGCCUGCCACGGGCUGACCCCGCUGACCCCACACCUGCCCCCGCUGCUCUUCGACCUGGAGUCGGACCCCGCCGAGAACUACGACCUGCUCCAGGGCGGGGCAGGGCCCGAGGUGCUGCAGGUCCUCAGGGAGAUCACCCUGCAGAAAGUCCUGCUGGAGCAGCGCAUGGAGUUUGGGGAGAGCCAGAUCAGGAAGGGCCGGGAUCCCACCCUGCAACCCUGCUGUGCACCCAACUGCGCCCCCAAACCCUCCUGCUGCCGCUGCUCCCAGCCCGGGGCUGCACCGCACUGACACCCCAAACCCACCAGACCCCCCGCCCCAAUUAACCAAACUCAGCCUCAGAGCUGCCCCACAGCCCCAGCUCGGGCACCCCUUGGACUAACGGGGUGCUGGGGCAGCAAAUGGGGGGUCGGGGAGACCCCCAACCCUGACGGGAGUGCAGGGCAGGGCCUGUGCUCCGUGG